UUAAGGCUGCUGCUCGGCAGUGGAGCUUCAGAGCGCCUUCGCAGCUCAGGAAAGUAGAAGCAGCUUCACGGGAUUUUUUGUGUUUCAGCCUCAGCAGCCGAGCGGUUUCUUUUCUAACACUGAAACGUGGGACCGUGGGAAAUACAGUGACAUCGGAAUGACUGAUGAGUGAUGAUCAAAGGGCCUCCACAAAUAAGUAGGACAUUCUCUGCUGAUGGCAGUGAUGGAGAACGCAACAUGGCCACAUCCCUCAUACCUCCCACAUUAUCUCCUCCGUGGUGACCCUUUCGCCUCAAGACUCUCCAGGGAGGCGGACAUUGUUGCAGCUCUUUACGUCUGUAUCAUAGGAAUCAUGUCUGCAACAGGGAAUGGAUAUGUCAUUUAUAUGACCAUGAAACGGAAGACCAAGUUAAAGCCUCCUGAGCUCAUGACUGUUAACCUAGCCAUCUUUGAUUUUGGCAUAUCAGUGACAGGAAAGCCCUUUUUCAUUGUGUCUAGUUUAUCCCACCGCUGGCUGUUUGGCUGGGAGGGCUGUCGAUUCUAUGGCUGGGCAGGCUUCUUCUUUGGAUGUGGGAGCCUCAUCACAAUGACUGUGGUCAGCCUGGACCGGUAUCUCAAGAUUUGCCAUCUCCGAUAUGGCGCAUGGCUAAAACGCCACCACGCGUUCCUGUGCCUGGCCUUUGUAUGGGUGUAUGCAGCCUUCUGGGCCACAAUGCCCCUGGUGGGCUGGGGAAACUACGCCCCGGAGCCCUUUGGGACCUCUUGUACCCUGGACUGGUGGUUGGCACAAGCCUCAGUGUCUGGCCAGAGCUUCGUCAUGGCCAUUUUGUUCUUCUGUCUUAUACUCCCUGCAGGCAUCAUUGUCUUCUCUUAUGUUAUGAUCAUCUUCAAGGUCAAGUCAUCUGCUAAGGAAAUUUCACAUUAUGAUGCACGCAUCAAAAACAGCCACACCCUUGAAAUGAAACUCACAAAGGUGGCAAUGGUGAUCUGCACAGGCUUCUUGAUAGCUUGGAUCCCUUAUGCAGUGGUGUCAGUGGUGUCAGCAUUUGGUGAGCCAGACUCAGUGCCUAUCCCUGUGUCUGUUGUUCCUACGUUGCUGGCCAAAUCCUCCGCAAUGUACAAUCCCAUUAUCUACCAGCUUGUGGACCUGAAAAUCUCAGCCUCCUGUUUUAAGGCCAUGAAGAAACGAAGGCAUUUUAGAAAGUCAAGGUUCUAUGCCAUCUCUGGCUCAUUAAAAGACACACCACCAGCCAAAGAAGCCCACAUUGAGGUGUGAGACAAAUUAUGAGGCUACAUGACCUCUUCUUACCUCUUCUAUUUUGGACAGUUUGCCUUGUUCCCUGUCCUAUGUGCUCUACCAAUCACUCUCGCCAUUUUCUGUGACAUCAUGGACUGCAUACAUUUGUUCCCAAGUAUCACAGCUUGGUUUUGCAUCCACACUGGAUAUCCAUGUAACCCUCAGCUCCCAACUUCUUAGUUGGAAAACAUCUUUCCUAUGUGGUUUUCUUCCCAUGUGGUCACUUGAAUGGUGUUGUUUUACAUUGGCAGUUUGCAUGUGAUAAACCUACUCUUUCAGCUUUUUCCCCCUCAUUAUUACAGACACAUUGUUUGUCAAUGCUAUUAGCAAACAAUGCACAUCUUACUGUCUUACCAGCAUUUUUGCUACCAGCUCUUAGCCACUGUAAACCCAAAACUUAAGAUAUACCUUUUUUGGUGGAGAAAAAAAAAGUAAACCUAUUACAAAUAUUUCAAAGGUUUAAUUUUAGCAUAUUUCAAAUGCUCAACUGCAAUUUAACACUGCAACAACCUUAGCACAUGUAAGCCAUGUGCCAGUGUGCCCUCAAGCUCAAAGUAUCUUUACUGUUGUCCUUCGUACUCUUACACAUGUGGCUUAUAUAUAUAAAUAUAUAUCAAAGUCAAAAGGCACUGGAUCACCUUAGUUUCUAUGUUUUCUUCAGCUUUUUACUACACAGAACCUGUUAUGUCACUUUGAUUCAUAAAAGUAGUUAAACUAACAUUGUUACUUUUAAAACAAAGCCAAUUUAUCUAAUUGUAGUGAAUUUUUGCUGAAACCAGUCAGUUAAAGUGAUAACACCUAAAGUUUUUUAGUUUUGUUUUUCAAUAUUAACUGUUGUGGUAAUGGGCACAGAAAUAAUAAUAGUUAAAUCAGGGACAAUUUUUUAUGUGUUCAUUGUUGGGUGUCUUUUUUUGCUAAUGCAAGAAAUAACAGAAUCCAUUAAAGAGUAAUGCUGAGAAUCAGAUUUAAAAAAAAAAAAAAUCUUGUGUAUGUGUUAUAAGUAUGAAACUAUAGCUCAGAGGCAAUUAGCUUAUCUUAGUAGAACAACGAGUAACAGUAACUACUACUACUUGUUUAAUCCAGGUACCAGUUGAUAAGUUAAAGGUGAUAAAUUAUUGUUUCUUGGGCAGUUGUGUACUAAAACCAAUUGUGACAUUUGUUAAAGAUGUAAGUUGAGAUUUCAGUUAGUCAGCUUUUGAUUUCUCUGUAGACUAGAUUUUAAACUUUUUGACUUUUCAUCUAGCCUUUUCUUCUUGACAGCAUUUUUUUGCACAUUUGUGUUAAGCUAAUUUUGUUUCUCAAUUGUAGCUUCAUACUUAUAGAUACACGAGAGUGACAACUCUCAGUUGACUGAGAAGACAUCUAAUUUAAGGAUCAUGUGAGACAGUGCUAUUGCUGGCAGUUAAUUGGCUAGCUAGCAAUUGCUUGCUAGCCAUUGCUACUUAUAUGCUAAUGGAAUUGCAUCCAAACAUUGGGAAGUCAUUUAUAUCUAACUCUGUGAGUUCUAAGUCAUUGUCAGUGAUGACCUUAGCCCUAACUAGGGAUGGGUAUUGAUAAGAUUUUCACGAUUCCGAUUCCAUUUUCAAUUCUGUUUAACGAUUCGAUUCUUUAUCGAUUCUCUUAUCGAUUCUUUUUAAAAAAGGAGAACACU